AGUGACAGCCCUGUGUCAGCAGUGAGGCAAACGUGAAGAGCUGCACCUUCGCUUGCGUUUAUCCGUGGACGAGGAAGUUAGCUAAAGCAAAUUCAGAAGUACCGAUUGGCAGUAUUUCUUUAAAUCAAGGAUUUUAGCACACUCACAAUUAUGCCUGAAGCGGAUAUUGCCCUUAUUGGCCUGGCAGUGAUGGGUCAGAACCUGAUUCUGAACAUGAAUGACCAUGGCUUUGUGGUGUGCGCGUACAACAGGACGGUCUCGAAGGUGCACGACUUCCUGCAGAACGAGGCCAAAGGCACCAAGGUGGUGGGGGCGGAGUCUCUGGAGGACAUGGUGUCCAAGCUGAAGACUCCGCGCCGUAUCAUUUUGCUGGUGAAGGCCGGCCAGGCUGUGGACGACUUCAUUGAGAAGCUCGUUCCUCUUCUUCAACCUGGGGACAUCAUCAUCGAUGGUGGCAACUCUGAGUACAGAGACACAACUCGUCGGUGUAAGAGCCUGAAGGAGAAGAACCUGCUGUUUGUGGGCAGUGGAGUGAGUGGAGGAGAGGAAGGAGCGCGAUACGGUCCCUCGCUCAUGCCCGGAGGUCACAAAGAGGCCUGGCCACAUAUCAAGGAUAUUUUCCAAGGCAUCGCGGCCAAGGUCGGAACUGGAGAGCCAUGUUGUGACUGGGUGGGAGAUGAGGGCGCGGGGCACUUUGUGAAGAUGGUUCAUAACGGAAUCGAGUAUGGGGACAUGCAGCUGAUCUGUGAGGCCUACCACCUGAUGAAGGACGUGCUGUGCAUGGAUCACGAUGAGAUGGCACAGGCGUUCACUGACUGGAACAAGACGGAGCUGGACUCCUUCCUCAUAGAAAUCACCGCCAACAUUCUCAAGUACAAAGACUCAGACGGGACACCGCUGCUGCCCAAAAUUCGGGACAGCGCGGGACAGAAGGGCACGGGGAAGUGGACGGCCAUCUCCGCCCUGGAGUACGGCACCCCCGUCACCUUAAUCGGUGAGGCCGUGUUUGCCAGGUGUCUGUCCUCUUUGAAGGACGAGAGGGUGGAGGCCAGCAAGACCCUGAGCGGGCCCCACGGGGCCAAGUUCAGCGGCAACAAGGCUGCGUUCCUGGAGGACAUCAGGAAGGCUCUCUACGCCUCCAAGAUCAUCUCCUACGCUCAGGGCUUCAUGCUGCUCCGACAGGCCGCCAAAGAGUUCGGCUGGUCCCUGAACUACGGCGCCAUCGCGCUCAUGUGGAGAGGAGGCUGCAUCAUCCGCAGUGUUUUCUUGGGAAAGAUCAAGGAGGCUUUUGACCGGGAUUCGGAGCUUCAGAGCCUCCUGCUGGACGGCUUCUUCAGCAACGCUGUGCAGAACUGCCAGGACUCCUGGCGUCGAGUGGUGAGCGCUGGCGUCCAGCAGGGCAUUCCCAUGCCCUGCUUCAGCACGGCUCUGUCCUUCUACGACGGGUACAGGCACAACAUGCUCCCCGCCAACCUGCUCCAGGCUCAGAGGGAUUAUUUUGGCGCGCACACCUAUGAGCUUCUGUCGAACCCGGGGCACUUUAUCCACACCAACUGGACCGGGCACGGAGGGAACGUCUCGUCCUCCUCCUACAACGCCUGAGGGUCGUCCCAGGAGCGCACGGGCGGACGAGGGCACGCGCACCCCGAGGGUCACAGCCGAAAAACACAAACGAGCAGCUGAGAGAGGCGAGAAGACAUCACAUUCCUUUUCUAAAAAAGAUAGAAAAAAACAUAUUUCCUUCACAACACACUAGAGACAGGCUAAAGCUACUAUACUGUUUAAUUUAUGAUGGAGUGAAUAAAAUCAUAGCGUGUUUAUACGUGUGUAAACAUUUCUUUGUCCCCCUGUGACGCAUUGAAGUCUAGAGGUAGGGCUUUUUUUUGCUGCAUUUACACAAGAAGGGGGGAGAUUUCCCCAUUUCCCCUGAAACUACACCGGCUUCUGGUUGUUUAUUUCUUAUCAUAUGUGCCCCAGAGUUGAGUGUUAGUGUGAGAUUAAGGUUAACUGUUGCACUAUGCUAGGCUAAAUAAAGAUUUAAAUCCCUUUUUAA